GACUCGCCCCCUGUCGUCCCUAAUAUGGACUUUAUAGCCUUGCUUUAAAGGGGCAGGGGGAGUGAUACUAACUUCUGUUCGGAAAGCUCGCAAAAACUAUCCAUCGUAAUCAGAAUGCAACAGCGGCGAAGCGUUAGAAACCUGAAGGACCGUUGAUAAGCUUACAAAGAAAUUAGGUUUUCAGCUUCGCCACGCGCUGCAAUGCACUGCGCUUCGCUACAUUACUUGUAACGGAUCAUAUUGGCUUGUAGAAGGCAGAAGUGAAUUACUUUUUUGUUUUAAAGCGGACAGGUUGUAAAUUUCGAAUUUAUUUCCGAGCAAUAAAGGCGGCUGUACAAGUUGGCAGUUUAUUUAGUUAGCAACAAAUGGCUUGUGACUUGCACAUGGGAUUUUGUUUCUAAAUGUCCUAUAGAAAUAUGUCACCCAUCGACUGAGAUACUGAUGCAAAAUACAGUUGUUUUAUAACUUAUUUUUUUUAAAUAAAGCACCCGUCUUCCAAACCAUCUGUGUGAAGUAACAUAGCGCAAGAACUUUUACUGCCUCGUAAAGUGGUAGCUGCUUUGGAAUCUCUUCAUUUUCAUUGAACGACCUUAUUUUAUUAUCAGCUGGUUUUCACCCGGGAUUGUCUGAUGUGGGAAGUAAAGCAGGCAUUUCAGUUGAUAUAAGGCUAAGGGAAACAUAUGUAGCACACACAAACUUUUGAAUUAAUUGCCCGUAUUCACUUUUGAUUUCAGCACAUUUGGUUUCUGUGAUCUUCUCCGUUCCAUUUACGACGGAAUCCUUUUUCAAUUUUGUAAUAUAUGGACUUGUUUUUCAAUGGACUUCAAAUACUUUCUUAAGACCUUAGCUCUUUGGAAUUCACACGAGCAAGCAUACGCUUUUGCGGUGGAAUUCAGAGCCCAGCCUGCUCAGAACGGGUAGUUGCUAAGUAGCACAGUUCCAUUGGAUGCAUUGGAUUUUGGAGACCGACGAGUGUGCUGAUCUACGCGUGAGGGAUCCACGGAGCGAGCUGCUGUCCCCGCGCCAAGUGCUGAGGAGCGACUGCCUCGCGCUUCCAUAAAUGCACAGUCAAUCGCGGAGUCUCGACUCCGGGUAGCAAGAUGAGCUCGUGGGUUCUGCAGCUUGUAUUGCUUGCGGCGUGUCUGCGGUUUGGUUGUUUCGAGGGGGACCCUUUGCCUGCAGCUCUGGUAGAGAUGGUGAGAAACAGCCCCAUCACCUCCAUCCAAGACCUACAGCUGCUACUGCUCAGUGACUCCGUAGAGGAGGAUCCAGACAGUCAGCCAGCCGUGGGGCUUCAUUCCAACAACACCUUCAGUCGCUCGCCCAGGAGCCUUGAAGCAGAGCCGGCGCAGCAGGCCCUGUGCAAGGUGCGGACGGAGGUUCUGGAGGUGACCCGCACCAUGCUGGACCGCCGCAACGCCAACUUCAUGCUGUGGCCCCCCUGCGUGGAGGUGCAGCGCUGCUCCGGCUGCUGCAACGCCAGGACCCUGCAGUGUGUCCCCGUCAUCACGCAGACCCGCUACCUGCAGGUGAUGAAGAUUCAGUACGUCAGCAGGCGGCCGCACUACGACAAGGCCGUCAUAUCCGUGCAGGACCACGUGGAGUGCCGCUGCCAGAGCGCCCCCCUUCCCAAGGGCGCCAGGACCGCCCCGAAGAAGCUGCACCCCCGCAGGCAGGGCCCCAAGGACCCUCCGAGCAGGACCCGGUCCAAGGAGGAGCUGCACCGGCGGGACGAGCUCAAGUGGAACCAGAACUUCCACCUGGACGAGCGGCAGCCCAGGUACCCCCCCGAGCGCGCGCUCACCCCGCGGGGGGACAACACGCUCCCCGGCCGCGCCCGCACACUGGAGGCGCAGACCGGGCGCCCCCCCCUGCAGGUCCCCCUGGGCGCGCUCAACCUGACGGGGCAGUGGGAGGAGGAGGAGGAGGAGCGGGCCCUGCUGACGGGUUUGGGCCUGAGGAGGCCCCCCCAGGGCGCGGGGCAGUCGGGCCUGCGGGAGAACGGGCGCAACGCCACCGAGGAGUCGUGGGCGGACGGGAGGCGCCCGGCCUGGCUCAACGUGACGGAGAACGCCACGCAGGGGGGGCGGCGCGGGCCGCCGAGGGACCGCGCCGUCGCCGUGGAUACCUGGGACCCGGAGACGCAGACGCCGAGCGCUGCGUCGCAGUCGCCAACGGAGACGCGACCGCCCACAGGGGGCGCUGAUGAGACUGCCCAAGUCCGGCACGGGGGUCGCCCCGCGGAGAGAGGCGAGGAGAGGGGACUCUUACGACAGGAGCAGCUGAGCCUGGAGGAGGAGAAAGGAGCGCUUCUCUUACUGCAGCAGAAACUCGACCAGGAGAAUCGCCAAAUACAAAUACUGCAGCGGCAGCAGCAUCAUCACCACGACCACCGGCACCAGCGCCUGCAUCAUCAGACACAGACGCACACCACCACACAAACGGCAGUAACAGCGCCACUCCCCACCACCACAAGGCCGCCGCCCCCCACAAGACCGCCGCCCAUCCCUGUGACGGCCCGUACCCCGGCCCGCAAGGCCCCACCCAAGAGGAGAAUGCGCAAGAACCGAAACAGGAUAAGCAAGGCUGCGAUGCGAGCUAUGCUGAUGUAGAGCCAACACACAGAUGCGCGCACACACACACACACUCCGUAUACACACACACACACACACACACACAGGUGAGAGGCCUGGACGCUUCCUUAGCCUGGUGUAAUCACUCAUAAUGGCAGUCAUGAAUUACCCUCGGGUGUGACUGCGCAAGCUUUUAGGCUGAACACAGCCGGCAGAUUGCUUAGCCUCUGAUAGAUCCGAUGCCUCUCUCCCUCAUUUCCCCUCUGUCGUCCACAUUACAGCCUGGCCUCAUUUUUCCUCUCUGCCAUCCCAAGGGUGGCGGGGGGGGCGGACAUUAGGGCAGUGCAUAUCCCACGGGGAGGGGAGAGCGGGGCAUUAGGCCAGUAUCAAAGUUCGUCCUCAUGGGUAAUCAUUUCAUUUUUUUCCUUGUGGGUUUGUUCUGUCAUAUGCAGCAUGCGGCUGACAGCGCCAGUAAUAAUAUUAAUAUGAAGGCGUGAGCUCCACCAAAAAAGGAUAAGCCAGACUUUUUAGCAUUCCUCUGAAAAUGCAGGGCGGCAGCACCCUGAUUCCAUGCAACCGAGUUGCACAGGAACUACAACUCCCAUCAGCCUCUUGGGAGGCAGAGUGCAAAAUGCAUCCCUGUGAACUCUGGGAGCUGGGCCAUGAGAAUGGCACAUUGGCACUGGGGAAAGAACCCAUGAGAGAGCAAAGCGCCUCCUUCCUUCAAAGGAUUUCAUCAGAGGAAUGAAAGUCAACUCUCAGCGGAGAGAGCAAAGAAGCUUUGAUUCGAAGCCCUUUGAAGUCCAGCACAAGCAGCCAUUUCCCUGUUUCCUUCCCUCUACUCGCUAAUGGCCGAUUGAUCCUGUUAAAAAUAAUGGCAGUUAGUGGAGGCCUGCUCUGCCAGACUUGGAGUGUGGUGUUCCAGUUAGCCUGAAGCGCACAUUCCUUGCAUUGUACAUCCAUUCUAAAAAGGGAAAUGGAGAAAAAAACUUUGGAAAUUUGGAAACAUUUUGGAAAGAUACCAGCCAGCACCAAGGGGUCAUGUCAUGAUCUUUGGGAUCAUAAAAUAAAACUUUCCAAUCCAUGCUACAGUCCCCAGGGGUCCCUUCUCACUGAAACAGUCUGUGAGACUGAGGCAGUUUGCUCCCAGCUGAUGAGUAACUGCCACGGAUCUGCUGAAGGUAUUGGAACUCUAUUUCCCAGAGUUCCUGGCAGUUGCUUGGACAAAAGCGCUGGAACUCAGAAGAGGGAGGACAAAAUCCAUAUAAAACACUAGCACAUUAAUGUAAAACCAUAUUCUAUCUUUGAAUAUAUUUAAUUUAAUUUAAUCUAAACACUGGAAUUGCUUCACAAUGUAUAAAGGUUGUGUUCAGGUUGCAUUCUCAUUGAAAACAUCUUUGCCAAGCCUUCUUGGUAAAUAUGAAAAAACUGAAAUAUUAAAAAUAUGAAAAUGCAAGGUGCUAUAGUGGAGUGGGUAAAGAAAAGGGAAGACAUUGUAAAUUACAAAUAUAUCUGUUAUUAACAUUAUUUAUUCAGUACAGCUAGAAUUUGUCCUGUACUAUGCGUUGUGAAAUCUAGACAAUCCUUUCAAAUGUGCUUUUAGAGAAGAGUUGUUGUUCUUGUCUCUUUCUCUGAUUAAAAGGCCAUUGUGCUUGUAGCUGUCCUCAGAACUGAAA